AUGAAAAGCGAAGAUCGAUCGGCGGUUGCUGAUGUCAAACGAGAGUGGAGAAGUGGGAGAAAUGAACGUGAACGACAAUCUGUUGUAGAUCGUAUUAUCACGAGCAAGAAGAGCGACACCUGUUUCGACCAAUAUGAUCGUUCUGGAAGUGCUGGGAUGCUAAAAUUCGUUCGGAAAAUCGAUCACAAAGAACAAGUACUCUUCAUCAGGUUGAUGACGUAUUCUCCGAUUGAUAAGAGCAUCGCGGACAAUACCGAGAAAUGUGAACACUACACAUGGUUGAGGAUGAUGGUACAGGAACAGAAAGUAGAAGCCAUUGUUUUGACCAAUGUGCGUCAGAGCUCUGUGAAAUCGUUACCACCACGUAAAAACUCGUGA